AUGAGGUCGUCAGCGCUUAUUUGCUUAGCAUUAUUCAAUGUUAUAGAAUACAGUAACACUAUCGACGGUCCUUAUGAAUACCACGGAUUUUGUAUCAACGUACACAUAAAUAAUAAAAUGAAUCUAUUACGAAAACUACAGAAUUGUACAGUUAUUCUUGGAGAUGUGAAGUUGUUAAUGGACAGGGCUAAGCCCGGAGACUUUAAGGAUAUCAGCUUUCCCCAUUUGAGAGAAAUAACUGGUUAUAUGGCCCUUUAUAGAGUAUUUGGCUUAGACUCUGUUGGAGACCUUUUUCCGAAUUUGAUGAGGAUACGGGGAAAUACUUUACUAUGGGAUUAUGCUUUAAUAAUUAGUGAUAUGCCGAAGCUAAGAGAGAUAGGCUUAUCUAAUCUUCUGAAAAUAGACAGAGGUGGUGUCAUCGUUUGGACGGGCCCUCUUACAUGUUACGUAGAAUCUGUGAACUGGAAGGCGAUUGCUCCUAAUACCCGCCACGUCCUAAGUGUAUUUGAUUCUUUUAACCGAUGCAAAAACAUACACUGUACAUGCUCCACGAACUCUAGCGUCAAUUACUGUUGGAAUAACAGAAAAUGUCAACGUUUCCUCGAAGGGCCUGAGGCAGAGAAAUGUAGUUCCGAAUGUAUUGGCUGCAGGAAAACAAAUAGCAGGGAUUGUUCUCUUUGCCGGAAUUUUAGAUAUGGAGAUAAAUGCGUCCCAGUGUGUCCUGAGGGAACAAUACCUUUAACGGAGGGUAAUUACUGUGUAACAAUAGAUGAAUGUACACAUUUAGACCGUUGGCUGUGGAACAAUACAUGUGUCCCCGACUGUCCAGCGAAUUUCAUCAAACACAGAAGCGCAGAGGGAACUACCUGUGAGCCAUGUGAUAACUGUCAUUUGACUUGUUACAACCUUUCCAUCCAUCACAUAGAGUCUAUUCAAGCAGCUGCGAAUUGCACUUACAUAAAAGGGCAUUUAUCUAUUCACGUUAGAGCUCCACCAGAAGCGAUGACUGAGUUGAGAUAUUAUUUGAAGAACAUUCGAGAGGUGACAGACUACGUGGAAAUACACGGCUCACUUGUCAUUACAUCUUUGGAUUUCCUCGAAGGCUUACAACUGAUCGGCGGGGAGAAUUUAUAUAAUGGGAAAUAUAGCUUAAUAGUCCAUGAUAUGCACAAUUUACAACGUCUGUUUCCAGAAAACGUUACGCAUAAUUUAAGAGUUAAUCGAGGGUCUAUGAGCUUUUAUAGAAAUCAAAUGCUUUGUGUUAGGGAAAUAGACAAAUUGUUGCCCUUAUUUCCUGUUCGACCAAGUGACUUAGAUAUACCGCAGGGCUUAAAUGGUUAUAGUGGCAGCUGUGAUGAAGUCAUCCUGAACCUAACUGUAAGCGUGAAAAAUGAAUCUUCUGUUACGGUUACUUUUUAUCCAGAAUCCAACAUGAAUGUGCAAUACACUAUAUUAUAUGUUAAGAUUUCUCGUGGAGUAGAAAAUAUUAUCGUUCCAGAAGCUUGUAACGAAACUGAUUGGCAUGCUAUAAGUGUUAUUCAGUCUAAAAAAGCUCGCGUAAUGAAAGUGGAACUAAGUUCACUGCAUCCAGCGACAAAUUAUGCGAUGUGCGUAGAAAAAUAUAACCCCGAUUAUAAUCAUUUAUCACGUAGUUCAGUGAAAAAAUUUUCUACUUCAGUUGGUAAGCCCGAACCCCCAUUUAUAGUAGAACUGACUGCGUCUGCUUCUGAUGUCGUCGUUAUUAGGUGGGUAGAUCACUUAGAUUAUCUACCACAUAUUGUGAGAUAUGAGUUAGACGUUAUACUGGUUGAAAUUCUUAGUUCUGAUAUUCUAGCAAGAGAUCACUGUUUGAACUAUCUAUACGAGUGGCAAGAGGAUUACUCAGUUCACGCAAAGGUAAUGAAACCUCCAAAUAAUUACGAUAGGAGCUGCGAAUCAAUGUGCGGUGUUUUAUCCACAGUGACCGUGGGAGCAAUGGUGGAAGAAUAUUUUGAUAUCUGUCAAACUAUUCAUGGCUGCGACUCUACCAAUGAAAGGCCCGAAAAUAAAACUAUCGGGUCGUAUGUUACGAAAUUAGCUCUAGGUAUAAACGGUACCAGAAAAGAUUAUCAAGUGGGAGGAUUAGCCCCAUAUCGAGACUAUAGAUUUAAAUUAAGAUCAUGCACUAAAGAGGUAUGUAGUAUUUCUGCUCGAAGUGUUGUCAAAACUUUAAGAGCGAUCGAGGCCGAUACUUCAAUCCUAACUUUCCUCAGUGCAAAUGAACAGGGUCAUGUUUCUGUGAAAUGGGAUCCCCCUGAAACUAUAAACGGAGCGGUCUUGUCUUACACAGUUGAAGUUUCACCUGUAAUUAAAUUUGAUGAUUAUAGUCGAAUAUUACCUCAAACGUUUUGCGUCGCCGGAAACGUAUCGAGUCUGUUAGUAAAGGUGCAAGGCGCUAACAAAUAUAUAGUGAGAGUUUGUACCACAACUCUCGCUUCCAGUUACGCUUGUAGUGAGUGGAAAAAAGUUGUGGUUUCAACUUUCUUGGAUUCCUAUUGGUGGAUGUCUGGUAUUUUCUUUGGCAUUAUCAUUUGCACCAUUUCGUGUGUUAUUGGAUGGAAGUUUAAAGAAAAAGAAAUUCAUAUGGAUAAUAUUCCACUAGUGGACGCGACAGCUAUGUACCGUAGUUUAAGUGAACCACCAGCAACGAUGUCAGAUUUUGCACCAAUUUACAAUAUUCAACUAGGCGAGUCAUAUUUGUAA